AUGGAUACCAGCACGCGAAAAUUCACAGUGCGGAGAUGGUUUUCUAUCUACUUGAAGAACAAGGCGGCAAGGAACAAGAACAACACUGGCUUCUGUCAACUAGAGGAUGACAGUAUACUUAAGGAGAUUGACAUCAGCCACCAUGUUAAGGAGGGUUGUGAGAAAGCAGACCCCUCUCAGUUCCAGCUGCUUAAAGUGCUGGGACAGGGCUCCUAUGGAAAGGUGUUUCUGGUGAGAAAGAUCAGAGGAGUGGACAGAGGACAGCUGUAUGCCAUGAAGGUCCUGAAGAAAGCCACACUGAAAGUUCGUGAUCGCGUGCGGUCUAAGAUGGAAAGAGACAUUCUGGCAGAAGUGAACCAUCCUUUUAUAGUUAAACUGCACUAUGCCUUCCAGACAGAAGGAAAGCUCUAUCUGAUCCUAGACUUCCUCCGAGGAGGAGACCUUUUCACUCGUCUGUCAAAGGAGGUAAUGUUUACAGAAGAGGAUGUGAAGUUUUACCUUGCAGAGUUGGCCCUGGCCUUGGACCAUCUACACAGUCUGGGGAUCAUCUACAGGGAUCUCAAACCUGAAAAUAUUCUUCUGGAUGAAGAAGGAAACAUUAAGAUAACUGACUUUGGAUUGAGUAAGGAGGCCAUCGACCAUGACAAAAGAGCAUAUUCCUUCUGUGGAACAAUAGAGUACAUGGCUCCAGAGGUGGUGAACAGGAGAGGGCACACACAAAGUGCUGACUGGUGGUCAUUUGGGGUACUUAUGUUUGAGAUGUUGACCGGAUCGCUACCAUUCCAAGGAAAAGAUCGGAAGGAAACAAUGGCUCUUAUUCUAAAGGCUAAGCUGGGAAUGCCACAGUUCCUCAGUCCUGAAGUGCAGAGUUUAUUGAGAGCGCUCUUCAAGAGGAACCCCGCUAAUCGACUAGGUGCAGGACCAGAUGGAGUGGAGGAAAUAAAAAGACAUCGCUUCUUUGCAUCGAUAAACUGGGUUAAGUUGUACAGGAAGGAAUUGAGGCCUCCUUUCAAACCGUCAGUCGGAAGACCUGAAGACACUUUCCAUUUUGACCCUGAGUUCACCUCCAGAACGCCCACUGAUUCUCCCGGCAUCCCUCCCAGCGCAAACACACACCAGCUGUUUCGUGGCUUCAGCUUUGUUGCAACGAAUCAAAGUCAGGAGCCCAGCGUUGCUACGGUAGCAGCUUCACGUCAGGAGGUGAACAGCAUCAACCCAAUGGCGAAGCAUCUCAAAGGUGAUGUGGCCUUCAGUGACGUUUAUGAGCUGAAGGAGGAAGUUGGACAGACAGCGACUUCUGUCAGCAGAAGAUGUCUGCACAGAGUUACUGCUGUGGAGUAUUCAGUGAAGAUCAUUGAAAAAGCGCGGAAAGAUCCAUCAGAGGAGAUUGAGAUUCUGUUAAGAUACGGACAGCAUCCAAAUAUUAUCACCCUGAAGGAUGUGUUUGACGACGGCCAGUGUGUGUCCCUGGUUCAGGACUUACUGAGAGGAGACGAGCUGCUGGACAGAGCUCUGACGGUGCCAAACUUUACAGAGAGAGAUGUGUCAGACAUCGUCUGCACACUGUCCAAGACUGUGGAAUAUUUACACUCACAGGGGGUCGUGCAUCGAGACCUGAAGCCUAGUAACAUUCGCUACUCUGAUGACAGUGGACUCCCAGAAUGCAUCAGGAUAUGUGAUUUUGGUUUUGCCAAACAGCUCAGGGCUGAGAAUGGCUUGUUGAUGACCCCCUGUUACACAGCUACGUUCAUGGCUCCUGAGGUUCUGAAGAAGCAGGGUUAUGAUGCAGCCUGCGACAUCUGGAGCCUGGGGAUCCUGCUCUACACCAUGAUAGCAGGUUUCAGUCCGUUUGCCAGCAGUUCUGAGGACACAGCGGAGGAAAUUCUGGCUCAAAUCGGCAGUGGGAAAUUCAUUAUCACAGGAGGGAACUGGGACCUGGUGUCAGACUCUGCCAAGGACAUUGUGAUGAAGAUGCUCCAUGUGGACCCUCACCAACGCCUGACUGCCCCCCAGGUUCUUCGUCACCCCUGGAUCGUAGACAGAGACCAGCUCUCUGACAAAGCUCUCACCAGACAAGAUGCUCUUACUGUCAAGGGAGCACUGUCGGCCACCUACUCUGCUCUGAAGCGCUGCGCUCCUGCUCCGGUCCUGGAGCCUGUUCAGUCCUCCAGCCUGGCUCAGCGGCGAGGAAUGAAGAAACUGGAGAGUCCCAAAGUUAACUCAGACCCUAAAGAAAAAGAAUAGCCUCAACAAUCUGAAUGAAACUUGAAAGAAACUAAACAUGCCACAUAAUUAAAGAAGACGUACUAUUUUUGAAAAGCCUAAAUGUUGUUACAAAGUGCUCCUUUGGACUAAGCCUAAUUAACUAAAGCAGUCCACUAGCACUGGCAUCAGGACUAGUUUCAGUUCACUUAAUUCAAAGUGUAAAUUUUAAACCUUUUAAAUUUUAAACUAAUCUAUUACUGUGCAAUAUAACAUUCAUCAUGUGCACCUGCACAUAAAAUGUGACUUUGUCCGAUCCCUCAGUUGUCCUGCGGGUAUUACAAGCUCAGUUCAAAGUUUUUUCAUAGUUUGGUCAUCGCUAUUAAAACUGAUCUGCAGCUGAUAUUCAAAGACACAUGGACACACGUUUACAUCUUUUUGGUCAUACAUGGUCAGAAUACAAUUAGAGCUGUAUAGUAGUGCAAUAUACACAGACAAAUUGUCCAUUCCUGUAGAAGCUCCAGCAGCUGAACGUAGGGACAAAUUAGUCUGGUCACCGAAAUCAGAAAAAGCAUUAAUCAGUGCCACAAACAACAUGCCAACUAGUCGGUUUACUUUAGUUUUCAUAUUUAGCACAUACAUGUAUGUCAGCAGGAGUUCAUGCCAUGCAUUAAUACCGUCUUCCACAUGAAUUGCUCUAGCAUAACAAUUAUUUGAAUGAGGUACUCUCACUCUGAUUAUUACAUUUUUUCCUACAAUCAAUCCUCUGAGUUCUACAGAGUUAUGCAUGUUAAAAAUGUAAAUAUCCUACCAAAGGGAAUCAUUAAGUUAACUAUGCCAUUGAAGUCUUAUUGUUCAUACUAUGCUUAAUAAUUUCACUGUAUGUAUUGUUGUCUUCCAUGAAUACCGCCUUUGACUAUUGUAAAAUGUGUUGUUAAAUGUAUCACUGCUGCACAGAUCAGAUGGAACAGUGAGCUCCGGAGGUAUUUAUGUUGAACGUAGUUUGUUGUGUUUUUUCAUAACAUAUUCCAAAUGUUAUUUGGCUUAAGAGUAGUCAUAUAGAUGCAGGGAAACUCUUUGGUAAAUGUCUCUGCAGCCUGUACUACUUUGUAUUAUUAACCCAGCAUUCAGUGUGAUAGAUCAUCUUUCAGUGUGUGUUCGAGUAGCUGCCGGUACACUUCUGUUUGCUGUUAGUGUCUGAAAGCCAAAAUGUUUGAGAAGCACUGUGUCAGAGGAUUGUAUAUAUAUACUGUCUAUUGCUGCUGCCCUGAUUGUAUCUAAUAAGUUGUGCAAUCACAAAUACGAGGUAAGACUGAACAGGGUGUUUUGCAGACAUGAGUAGCACACUUUGCGUUGUACAGUUUACCAGUAGGAAUGUAGAUUAUGAUGCUCUACUAUGAAUACAUACCUACUGGUCAGAGGUGAAACAAAACAUAUUGUGACGUGUAUAACCAAUAAGCACUGUAGCAGAGAUACAGUCAUUCUGUACAUAUUAUGUUUGCCGAUACACAGGCUGUAUGUGUUGUGACGCGCUGCACAACUGUGAGAGGUGGAGCUGGGACAGAUGCAAUAUGCAAUAUGCAGAUAAGGUUGUAGAUAUUGUGUUGUACAACAAAGGUAAAGCUGUAAAUAUUGUUUAAAUUGUACAUAUAGUGUUGUACAACUAUCGGCAAGCAGUAAGGCUGUAUAUAUUGUGUUUGCAGAUAUAUAGAGAUUGUACAUAUUAUAUUGUGUUGUGCAUCCAUUGCUCAGAGUGUACAUACUGUCUAUACCUGGCCAAUCACUGGAAUUAUUGGCUAGAAUGCCAAAGUUUUACAAAUAAAGGAAAAGAACAGAAAUGGCA